GAAAGCGGGGGGAUGAGUGCCACGUUGCGUCCCAUCCUCUCCCUGGUGCGAAAACUAGCUCGCCACUCCGCCCCCUCCGGCCCUCUUAUCCUCUUCCUCUUCCUCUCGGGACGGCGGUGGCGCCGAGGGCACCGAGGCCUCAUUCCACCUUAGCACGCAGGUAACCGUGCUUUGUGCAAGGCCGGGCUUACACAAAAAUGGUUCUCUGUCAAGGCUUAUCUGCUGGGCAUGCCCAGCUGCUUGCUUUUCCUGCUGCUAAGCCUCCUCUCUUAAGAAGAUCUUGCAUUCGUAUUCCAGCGGGAUCGCCGAGUGUAAGAAGUGCUGGGCUUUCAUCCGAGAGGAAGAAAUUUUCGGUGCAAGCUGUACGAGCCGGUACUGGUUUUCUUCACCAUGACAUGCUCACAUCAUUUCCGAUGGAGGGUUCGAUCAAGGGCAUUCCAUCAUUAUUGACCCUGCAGAAUCAGCGUCGAAGGUCGGAUGUUGGUUGUCGAGCUUCCUCUCUAGCAUCAUUCAGCUACCCUGAAUUGACUUCCAAGCCAAGAUGGUGGUGGAGAACUCUUGCAUGUGUGCCGUACUUGCUGCCACUCCACAACAUGUGGUCGUAUGCCGAUGUCAUCUACCAGCUACACACGUACUUGCAGGGCUUUUCAUUGGUUUAUACUUUCAUCGACACCAUGACACUGCUUCCAGGGUGGCUCUUGCUGGUGAUAUUUAUGACUGUGUACUUCUUCGUGGUGAGACGCAAGUGGUCACCCCACUUCAUGAGGUUCCAUGUGAUAUUGGCCAUCCUCCUGGACACUGGUUCCCAAGCAGUGGCAACAAUGUGCACCUGGAUGCCCAGCUUCGUGUAUCAGGGGAAGCCCAUGCAGUAUUUCUGGAUGGCCAUUGCUUUCAUGCAGAUCUUCACGGUGCUAGAGUGCAUGCGCUGUGCUCUCUGUGGGAUGUACCCGAACGUUCCUUUCAUAUCUCACACGGCGUUUAUCCAUUCUGAUCUGAAUCUCUUCAGGUAGCCACCUGCUCGCCUUGUCGGGUUUUUGAUAUCAGAAGGAUGGAAAGUGAGAUGGAGGUGCAAAUAGGUAGUACUUUUUUUUUUGCGGUAGCUACUUACAGUUCUAUAGACUGUUUUGUUUAUACUGAAAUUUUGAAGUCUCAUUGUAAUGGCCAGCAUCGUGACCUUUUUCUGUUACGACAAAAUCCAAACAAUGACGUGAUUGAUCAUUGCAUCAGUUGAA